AUGAAGAGCCACAAACCCCAAUCCACCCUCACCAUUGAGCCCAGAUAUUCGGGAGAAAUGAAUGCCCCUUCCAACAACAACAGCCAAAACCAAACCGAAUCCGAGCUGGAUCUCGCUCGUCAGAAUGAGCCUUCCACCGCGAACAUCACAAGUCUUGUCGACGAACCCCUCUUCUGGCAUGGCUAUACCUCUGAUGAGGAAGCCGUCUCCCCAAUCCAAGGCGACGACAUGAACUGGGACGAACUGGACGAUGCGAGCUUCACCGAUCUCCCUCCACUUUCACCCGUCGAGGAGCAACGGGCAACGGUCAUCAGCCAGGCACAUCAGUCUUGCACCCACGCACAAGCCAUCACCAUUCUUUCAGCCGGACGACCCAAAAUGGUGACCGUACCGAAAUCCCUCGACUCUCCUCGGUCCGAGACUGAUUCCACAUUCGGUUCCCUACCCAACAAGAUCAGACUGAAGACCACCUCAAAUCAUCUGAGAUCAUACUCGCUGGAUGCACCCAGCAAUGACCGGAACAGCAGCGAUUACAGCCAGAAGGACYCGCUAGAUUCGAGUGGUCCCAUCUCACCACUCUCAACAGCACCGAGCUCCAUUCACGAACAACCACCGCGGCCUCACCGAUCAAGCGUCUCUUCCAAGCACAUCCCGCUAAUGGAAGCUGCUCGUCAUGUGCCUCUGAUGGAAGCAGUGCGUAUGGGUUCGCCGACUUCACCAUCCUUGGCAUCACCCACAAUACCAAACAGCAGCUACACCUGGGGUCAACCACCGGCACCAACCUCGGCACCUACGGCUUCAAGGUCUUCAAUGUCCCAACUCAAGAGUGGUGUUUUGUCAGCUUUGAUCAACAAGUUCGAGUCGAAUGAUUCCAACGCGCGCCGCACCUCCAGAAUGGGCAGCAACAACAUCAGCCGGAUAGGCAAACAACUCCUUCGAAGAGACACCAUCGAGGACAUCGAGGAUGGAUACGUGUCCAAAGUGGUAGACACAUCAAACCAGUUCAGUCAGCCCGCCCCAAAAUCAUCAAUACAGCCCACGAAGAUGGUCGCACGUGGUGCCGACGAGCGUGCUCCCGUCCUGACUUUACCAUCAUGUCCGGGCGACUUCAGCGGCUCUUUCGAAUCCGAGUGGCCGCGCUUUCAAGAAUCUCCGCAGCAGCCCCACUCGGCGAGAAUCACCACUGUGGCUUAG